CGACUCGGGUAUCAUUCGGCCGCGAACGAUCGACGGUCGUGUGUAGGAUAAUAAUAAUAAAAUAACAAUAAUAUCAGUGCAGCGGUUAGUCGUACCGGUGAUCGUAUGCACCUGUAUAUGUACACGUGAGUAGCAGUAUUAUAGUUAUAGUACAGUCGUGGUGACCGGAUAUAACGGAUACGCGCGAUCCGACCGCGACAUAUCUUUCCCGGAUGAUAUCGCACGCGACCGCCGACCUCUACCAACGCCACCGUCGCCCAUUGCCGACCACCGUCGUCUGAUAAUACACCACGCACCACCAGCAGAUACCCGCAACACGUGAUCCAACGGGCUUCCAUACAUCUCUCAGGUCGCCGCGGUUAUUAUGGAUCUCACAUACUUGAUCGUAGCCGUAUUCGGAAUGUGCGUCUUACGGCCGUGCCGUUCGCUGCCCACCGCCACCACCGUCACCGCCGCCGUCGCAGUUGCUCCUACGCCUACCCCGUCACAUUCGUCGUUGCAUGUCGCUGCCGCCUCCGAACCGGUCGCCAGCAGCGGCAGCAAUAGCAAAAGGUCCCGGUCGCUGUUCCAGCCUGCACCGUUGCCGCACCAAUACUAUCAGUUUCCCGGUCACGGUGGCGUCGAUCUGUACAACGACGUGAUGGACGACUUGCCGUACUACGCACAGCAGCAGCAGCAGCAGCAGCGACAUGCGCAGGAAGAAGAAGAAGACGAGCAGGAGAACGCGGUCGACCAGGACGUCCGGCUGUCGAGCAGAGCGCGACCAGCCAAGCCCGACUCACCCGUCUACUACAUUCGAUUGCCGCCUCAACCAUACAUGUACGUGCCUGGUUAUGGUUACGUCAGCCAACCGACCCGAUUGGAACCGCCGCCUUUCACGCAACGGCCUCACUCGCCUUUCCUCAACCUGCCACUGGACUUCGUGUCAAACGCCAAACCUGUGGGCAUCUACACCCUACCGCAACAGCACCAGAACAAUCAACAGCUGCAUCAGCACAACCAUCACCAUCACCAGCCGCUGCAACAGCAACAACAGCAGCAGCCACCUAGCAGACCGAAACCGAACAGGCGACCCCCGCAACCUGUCCCAUCUACGCUUGCUCCCCGGCCACAACAACCGCCCGACUCACCGAUUUACAAUCUGGACAAAGGCCCGUAUGUUUUCAAUGGUCGUCCGUCCGACGUGUUCCUGUUGCAGAGUGCUUACGACAACUUGUACUCCGAAGUACUGCAAAAUAUUUACCCAUAAAUAAAACACGAAAGACACGAUCUAGUAUUAUUAUUUUAUUAUUAUUAUUAAUAUAUUUUGUAAUUUAUUAUAAUUAAUUAUAACGCUAACGAUGCUGACCUUAACAUUAUGGUCGAUCGCGAUUGGUAGACGAUCCGAUGGUGAUUUUACUCUAAUCAAAAAUCAAAAAUACGAAAGCGAUCGCUGAUGAGAACCGCACGAUCAAACGACAACGUAUUAUUUUAAUUUUAUCAUACCAGUAUUGUUAUUGUUUAUUUAUUCGAUUUUUUUUUUAAUUUUUUUUGUCUUAUGCUAUAAAUCUUAAAAUAUUGUUAAAUGUGUUGAAAAUUAUUGUACAUAUAUUGUAUGUUGUCAACUUACCUCCGUUUCGUAUUAUAAAACACCAGAUUAUCUCUAUUCAUCGUCCUAUACACACGACUAUAAUUGUUUUCACAUGUUUUUAUUUUCCAAUAUAAGCACUCCGAUAUUUUUAUUUUAAAA